AUUUCUGAGUGAAGUUUCGUAGAAAUGUUGAUUAACCAACGUCACUUGUUCAUUAAAGUAAUUAAGAAAGUAAGAAAUGCUGAAAAUAAUAUUUUAACAAAUACAUUAUAAAAUUGCCAGUCUCAACACACAUCUUUAGCGCCACAUCUACAUCGCAGCGUACCAAGUAAUGUUUAACACAAUUGUAUAAUUGCUGAGGCGGUUGAUUGUACAUUUCUGCAAUGAUGGUGCGCGUUUCUUAAUAUUUAAGGAAGUAAGCUCGAUUUGUAAGCCCAAUACAGUGCACAAAUGAAUUUUCUGGGGCGCACUGACCACACACAUUCUAACCCAAGUCACAGUACAGCCACGCCAAUCCACAACACGAAUUACGAAUAUCGACAGCUUGAGAGCACCCCGCGCACAUCACAUCACUCAAAUACAACUCAUUCAAGAUCCGUGAUGUAUACACGCGAUUGGCGUUCGGCGCUACGUACACCACCAACAUACAGAAUUGGAAAUCGCACAUUACGAUUCAAUUAUCACUUCGCGCUACUGGUCAUCUGCGUAAUUGUAUUAUGCUUCCUAUUUGCUUACGUUCGUACGGGAUCACAAUCUUCUUCGGACGCAGCAUGGCUCAAAACUUAUAGUAGUUCCACACGCAGUAGCUCAUCUGUAAAAACACCAAACAAUGGCGAUGGUGCUGUUUACAACGCUAAAUAUCCACUCACCUCACCACUUAUUGGACAUGCCAGCGAGAUAACAUAUCGGAUAGCAAUAGUAGCCGACAUGGACACCAACUCGAAAGUUAUCAAAAAAGAUGGAAGUACUGUAUGGCAAAGCCACCUGAAAAAGGGAUAUUUAUCAUAUCGAAUGUCAAAGCAAGAAAUCACAAUUAAAUGGGACGUAGGUGCUCCUGUAACAUUAGAAUCAAGCUUUUCUCUGAAAGGACGUGGCAUGGAAUUAUCGGAGCUCGUAACAUUUAAUGGAAAAUUACUUAGUUUCGACGAUCGAACUGGUUUAAUUUACGAUAUUACUAAUGAUAUCCCCAUACCAUGGAUUAUAUUACUCGAUGGAAACGGGAAAAAUUCUAAAGGCUUCAAAGCGGAAUGGGCUACUGUGAAAGAUCAACAGUUAUAUGUUGGUUCGAUGGGCAAAGAAUGGACUACAAGUUCAGGAGAAUUUGAGAACGAAAAUCCAAUGUAUGUGAAGGUUAUAUCCCCUAGUGGUGAAGUACAUUCGCUGGACUGGGCAUUCAAUUUUAAAAUGUUGCGUCAAGAAUCAAUGCAAAUAAAUUGGCCUGGUUAUAUGAUACACGAGAGUGGGGUGUGGUCACCAAUCCAUAAAAAAUGGUAUUUCCUUCCGAGGCGCUGUUCACGGGAAAAAUACAACGAAACGCGGGAUGAACAUAUGGGGUGUAACUUGCUCAUAUCAGCAGAUGAGCACUUUACGAAUAUCCACACUGUUAGUAUGGAUGCUAAAACGGCAAUUCCAACACAUGGAUUUUCCAGUUUCAAAUUCAUGCCAAACACCGAUGAUAAAAUAAUAGUAGCCAUUAAAAGCGAAGAGUUAGACGGCAAGACAUCGACAUUUAUUACAGCAUUUGAUAUUGAAGGGCACACGAUAUUACCGGAGCAACGCAUCGAUACCGAUUUGAAGUAUGAAGGCAUCGAAUUUAUCUAAAUUGUGGAGUGAAAACGUGCUGCUGGAUAAAAUUGUAAUGUUGUAACACACAGCCAAACGUCAAAUAAAAUACUGCGCCGAAAAAUGUAUAUAACA